ACAACCAAUCUGCAGCUGCCCCAAUGCUAUUAUCUGGGGUGGAAUCUCUCCUCGAUUCUUCUGUGUGUGCUGUGAUAGAGGAGUUGUGCACUGGGCUGCCAGAGAGCAUCUCCACUGAACUCAUGGCUGUUUCGGAGCCUAAUGUUGGAUUAGAUGCAAAGUCUGGAGUAUCCAUGCCUGUGCUAGGACACAGUGACAGUCUGUCAGCUGAGCAUCACAGGACUUCUGCAGCAGAAAACUUUUGCCAGAAGACAGAGGAUUUGGGUGAUCUGCUCAAGGAGAACCCUCACUUGCAGCAGCAUGAGGUGAAGUCUUGGACAAUGUGUGGCACUGGGACCGUGGGCUCUCCGAAGAGCACAGGAGGAAAACAAGCAAGUAUUCAGGUGACAGCUGAAACUCUGCCAAAGCUCACUGAAGAAGUACAAGGUAUGAAGGCUGAUGGGACUAGGAUAGUUAGUAAAGCAGGAUGCAGGAAGGACAGAGACUGCAGUGCACGCCUGCGCCCACGCUUCCCCCACGAAGCAGUGGCAAUGGAAGCGGAAGCAGCCCUGAGCUUUGUGUGUGUGCCCGGGCGGAGGGCCAAGAGGUGCAGUUUGUUGAACAGCUUGAAAUUUAGGAAAUGUACCAAAGAGCCAGCACUGCUGAGCAGGCUGUCUGCCGUGGCCAGCAAGCUGCUGGCACCUGCCAAGGGCACCCAUGACUUAGAAGCUCUGUCAUACCCUUCGGAAAUUCUCCCAGUGGCCGAGCGGUGCAGCCAGCGGAGAUCAAAGAACCUAUUGGAAGCCUUUUCCUGCAUCAACAGGAGCUUACACUCACGCUGGGCUGACAGUUGGUGCACCAAGAUGUUCAGCUUCCAGCCUUUGGCACUUUAUCCUCUAGAAUCUACCAAAAUACUUUUUUCAGACUUGAGCCACAAGCCUCUAGCCUCCUUUUUGGAUUCCCCGGCUUUCCCAGUGUCUUUUCACAUAAAACUGGACUCCAGUCCUGGGCCAGACCUCACAGGGAUCACAUCCCAGCACUCUGUGCAUCACAGACCAGUGCAAAUGGCAGCACCACCUUCGGAGUGGACUUUCUCUUUUCUUCUGUCUCAGAGCUGUUCAGGUCCAACAGCUCUGGAGGAAGGUUCCAGUCUCAACGCUGAGCUGGAUUCCUCUCGCCCUGUAGCAACCCCCAGGGCUCCUGCCCUUCAUCCUGACCAUGGAAGAAACGCCGUAGCUGAAAGAAGAGGAGGUUACUCCAUGCUUGGCCUUCACACAGUGCUAGCACUUUCUUCCCCUGGAUGUUACAGGAUUUGGACCAGAAGAAGAAAUUUAACCAGUCACAUUCCUACCAUCCAGAGACUCUUUAUGUCACAGUUCGCACAGGGCCUGAAAGGGGCAAGGCACCCACCCUCUGUGGCAGAUGACCUCAUCUCUUCAUUGUCAUACUCACUGGGCAGGGCUCUCUCCAUGUGGAGCCAGCACGGUCCCUCUGCCUGCCCCUCUGAAAUCACUUCUCUCCAUUCCAUUCCCUGCAAGUGGCAGCCAGGUGUGGUCAUCGACAACAGCUAUGCCAUGAUACCACACCUACCUGUACAGAGCGUGGAAGCGCUGCAGACUGCAGGUCAUGAGAUAUGCCUGGAAGCCUCAUUCCCUCUUCUGUUACCAAAGCCUUGCUCACUUCCAGAACCAUUGCCUUGCCCCCGCAGGCUUUCAGCAUCUGAGCUCCAGGUGCAUGCCCUCGAUGAUGCCAGUGUGUCCAUCCCAGCCUGUCUUGGAUCCCAAGAUGACACAGAACUGAAAAAAACUGAGCCAGAGAAGAGGCCAAAGAAAGUCUCACAGAUCCGCAUCAGGAAAACUGUUCCUAAGCCAGACCCCAACCUUACUCCAAUGGGACUGCCCAAACCAAAAAGGCUUAAGAAGAAAGAAUUUAGUUUAGAAGAAAUUUACACAAACAAGAACUAUAAGUCCCCUCCUCCAGCCAGGAGCUUGGAAACCAUCUUUGAGGAGCCCAAGGAGAAGAACGGACACUUCAUCUCUGUCAGCCAGCAGAAGAGAAAGCGGAUUCUAGAGUUCCAGGACUUUACUCUUCCCCGGAAGAGGAGGACACGAGGCAAAAUCAAAGCGGUGGGCAGCUGCACCCGGGCAAAGAGAGCUGCGCCGCAGAGCGCAGAGCUAGAUGCUCUUCUGAGUCAGAAGCUAAUGGACCUGGAAGCCUUUUUUGCAAAGGAGGCUGAGCAGGAGCAGGCCUCUGGCAUCUGAGGGAACUAUUUAGCUGAA